CUGUCACUGCCAAACAUUUAAGAGAAACAUCUGAUUAAAGAGAAGAAUCUUAAACUGUUAAAAGACAAUACACACUGGGCAGAUAGGCUAUUUGAAAGAAAAUCAUGGCACUGAAAAGUUACUAAAAAAAAUGACAGCUGAAAAUCGGAAAAAACACAUUUUAUUGUGAUCAGUUAAAAAGAAAAUUUUGAAAUGGAUCAUCAGACACCGAUAGCUAAAUCAGUGUGCAACACUACCAGGACUCAAGAUACUGCGCAAAGAUCAGACCUAGAUCGUCGCCAAAGACUUGACCGAAAAAUUUUUACUCUGAAGAAACGGCAACGGCUAACAGCUUCUUACCAACUUGUUAUAUUUCUUGCGAGUUGUUUGCCUACUUUUAUAUUAUUAGGUGCAUGCAGUUGUCGUUUUAUAUGGGAAUCAUUGUUUUGUUUUAUGUUCUUUGUAUCUGCUAUUUUUGGGAUGUUGGCGUUUGGCUUCUCGAACAAACGAUGGAAUAUUGUUUACAUGAUAAAUCUUGUGUUGUCAUUUUUCUGUGCCUUGCCGAUGAUGCUACUUUCUGUGCUGGCAAUAAUAAACAAAGAAAAGUACAAUUGCGAGAAGAACAUCGAAACUUGCGAGAACAUUAUGACGGUAAUAUUGUGUGUGAAUAUCAUGCUAGCCUUCGUCGAAGUGGUGGUUAUAUUUACAGCUCUUAAAAUAUCUUCACGUAUUAUACUUAAGUUGGAUGAAAGAAACGUCAUGAAUUCAAUAGCAACUAGAGAUAAUUCGGCGGAUAAUGAUAAAGGCAAAUCAAUAUGUGACAAUAAAGUAGCAUACUAUGCAAUGCAGGAUAUUCCGACAGCAAAGAACGUUGAUGUUUCAGACGUACCUCCACCUCCACCAGCUUUACCCCCUAUUUCAUCCUCGGAACCGUCCUUUCAACAGGACAGCAGUGUCCUUACUUCGGCACGCUACAUUCCUGCUCCUCCUCAGCCGCCUCCUAUAGUUCCUCCUGCUGGUUUUGGCAACGUCGACGCUUGCUAUAUUAAUGAUGAUAUCUGCAUGACAAGUAACAAAAAACCAGCAGACAAUCAGAAAGAUGAUAUGGAUAAUGAAGGCUACUUAAUGCCGGCAGCUGUCAAUGACAUCAGAUCCAGAAGAGAAGCCAAAGAUACGACCUCAUUGCUACAAAAGAACAUUGAGGGCGGCAUCCUUGACAAACAAGGACCCCCUUGUAGGCGACCAAAGGUAAUGCCUCCAAAGUUACCAAACAGAAAGAUAUUAAGAAGAUCAAGAUCAGAACCUUUUAUUAACGUAACAGAGGAAAAAUUUAGCGUCAUCUGUAGAGGGAUAUCAAUUGAUGACGACAAUCAGAAAGAUGAUGUGGAUAAUGAAGGCUACUUAGUGCCGACAGCUAUCAAUGACAUCAGAUCCAGGAGAGAAGCAAAUGAAACGACCUCAUCGCUACAAAAGAACGUUGAGGGCGGCAUCCUUGACAAACAAGGACCCUUUUCUAGGCGACCAAAGGUUAUGCCUCCAAAGUUACCAAACAGAAAGAUAUUAAGAAGAUCAAGAUCAGAACCUUUUAUUAACGUAACAGAGGAAAAAUUUAGCGUUAUCUGUAAUGGGAUACCAAUUGAUGCCGUCAAUGUUUUAACGAACAAUCUAAAAGAUGACGUCAUAACGCAGAAAGAACAGGAGUCUAGUCAUUACAUUGAACUUUGGAAGACCAGUACUUCGAGUAAAUUAAAAAGUUGA